AUGUGUGAUAGAAAGCGUGAUCGAAAAUCACCAAAAGUGUUGCGCUAUUUCCCACUAAAACCAAGGUUGCAAAGGUUGUUUAUGUCAUCUAAAACCGCAAGUGACAUGAGGUGGCAUGCUGAAAGUAGAGAAGAAGAGCCAGGAGUCCUUACACAUCCAGCGGACGGCAAAGCUUGGAAGCAUUUUGAUGAGAAACAUCCGUCCUUUGCUUUAGAAACUCGAAAUAUUAGGUUAGGUUUAGCAAGUGACGGGUUCAAUCCAUUUGGAGGGCUUAGUAAUGACUAUAGUAUAUGGCCAGUUGUACUUGUUGUUUAUAACCUUCCUCCAUGGAUGUGUAUGAAGCAACCUUACACCAUACUAUCUUUGUUAAUUCUUGGGAAAAGUGGGCCGGGAAAUAACAUUGAUGUAUACUUGCAACCGUUAGUUGAAGAAUUAAAGGAGCUGUGGGAAUCUGGGGCCAAGACUUAUGAUGUUUCCAAACAUGAAUAUUUUCAUAUGCGAGCUGCAUUAUUAUGGACCAUUAAUGACUUUCCCGCUUAUGCAAAUUUGUCAGGAUGGUCUACCAAGGGGUAUAAAGCAUGCCCUCGUUGCAUGAGUGAAACUCCUUCUACUUGGCUACCUAACAAUGGAAAAUGUUGUUACAUGGAUUAUCGUCUAUUUUUGCCUACUGAUCAUAAAUGGCGAGAUAGUAAAUCCUUUAAUGGGAAAGUAGAAAGAAGAGGCCCUCCAAAUGAAUUAACUGGUGAGGAAAUUUUGGCUCAGGUUAGUGAUCUGGAAAACAUGAAAUUUGGAAAAAAAUCACCAUCACUGCCAAAGAGAGAUGAUAACUGGAAGAAAAAGAAUAUUGAGGGAAAAUCCAAGGAUAAUUUAAAGGCUAGGCAUGAUCUCAACUGUUUAAAAAUCAUGAAACACCUUGCUCCUAAAUUGAUCGGUGGAAAAUGGCAUAUUCCUCCCGCACCAUACACAUUGUCUAAGGCCGAGAAAGAAAAGUUCUGCAAGUUUUUGGAGGAUUUAAAAGUUCCAGAUGGAUAUUCAUCUAAUAUCUCAAAAUGCAUAAAUUUGUAUAAGCGUAAAAUAUCGGGUCUCAAGUCCCAUGAUUGUCAUAUGAUUCUUGAGCAAUUAUUGCCACUUGCAAUUCGUAGAGUUUCAUCUCCUAAAGUAUAUGGGGCAGUAGUUCAAUUAAGUGCAUUUUUCAAAGAUUUGUGCUCUAAGUCGUUGAAAGUAGAAGACUUGGACAAUAUGGAACGUGAAAUUGUGGUCAUAUUGUGUGAGAUGGAAAAGAUUUUUCUUCCAUCAAUUUUUGAUGUGAUGGUGCACUUGUGUAUACACCUCGCAUGA